UGUCCUAUUAACAACUCUAGUUAUAGCGGUUCUUGAAGUGAUGUUGAUAUUACCAACCAACGGUUCUAGAUGGUUAAUGGUUGGAUUACUAGCUUUUGCCAUAUGUAUCUUGACCGCUUGUAGCUUUCUAGUUCACAUAAAAAACGAUUGGAAGGUUUUUCAUAGACGAAAAGUUACACACAGACUAAAAUUAGCGUUUCUGUGGCUCUUUUGCUUCGGAAAUAUAGUAUCACAGGCUAUGAAAUUAGCUCUCCAUAUCCAAUGUAAUGUACGUGAGUCCCUAUCACAGAAAGCAGUGUACUAUAUAAUCACUUGGCUUUUCGAUCUAGGACAAACCAUACUCAUUGUUUAUUUUUCACGAUUCAGAUUUGCAAAUAUUAAGUGUUUCUAUUAUAUACUGAUGUUUUUGUUUGUUGCAAAUAUUUCUUUGUGGACACGUAAAAAUGUAGACUUGUACUUUGAAGACAAAAAUGACAUUUUGAAUAACUCUGGACACCUAUGCAAUAACGCCACAACUCUGUACAAAGCAGAAAGGAUACUAAAACCAUUUCUUGAUCCAGUGUUGCUUGAAUAUUGUCUGUUAAGUUUGAUAUUCAUUUCGCAAAUGUGGCCAAAGCAGAAUGUGCCACUUGACACAAUGGGUUUAUUAGAUUCGACUUCCUUUUCUCAGGAAAAUGGAGAAAAUUACCCACUUUUAUCGGGACAUAUAACAGUUCGUAACAGGCAUACGCCAAUGAAUAGGAAGUCGAAGUGCAUAUUCGGACUUGGUAUAUUGUUUUGUUUAUCCUUCAUCAUGAUCCAGUGCAUUUUAAUGUACAUACCAAAGUAUAACCAAGCUGGUGGUCCGAAUGCAUACUAUCUUUUCGGAAACAUUUUGCGAAUACCACUCAUAAUCAAGUGUUAUCAUGCAUUAGCUGGAGAACUACAACCAAAGGAAAGGCCUCGGAAAAUAAUCAACAUUCAACAUUUUAUAUUCCUUUCAACAUCUCUUGCUACUUGUGGUUACUACAUUCUGGAAAGUCUCGGCAGUCGUUAUCGUACACAAUUUCACGACAUCAGAAUCCAUCUUAAUACAGUUGUUAGAGUUACCUUCACGAUUUUACAGACAACUUUUAUUCUACAGAUGAAGCAAUACCGAAAGUUUAGCAGUUCCAAUUCUGUUUUAUCAAUCCGAAACAUCUUUCUUGUGAUGUGUUUUGUAAAUUUCAACACUUGGUUUUCGUAUACAUUUAUUUCUGUACCUUACGAUGGUUUCAUCAAUCAACCGUUUUUUGACAGUAAUAUUUGGCUGAAAUUUAAGCAUUUCUGGGUUCCGUUUGUUAUUUUCUAUCAUUUUGAAUGCUUUAUAAUGUUUUAUCAUUUCUAUAAAGAAUGAGAUU